CUGCGCAGAUCAGCUGACUUUGAAUGUAUUGAGCAGAGCUGUGAUCUCUGUGGCAGGAGGGUAAAUAACGGAUGUCGUCUGCUGUCAUUUUAGAGCUAAAAUAACCAGAUAUUAUCCUUAAUUUCCGUAGAAUUGUGUACUGAAGAGGCGGGCGUACCGGGAGAGUGAUUCCCUGGUGUGCUGCUCUGUCUGAGAGAAGUCAUGACUGAAUUCUGGCUCAUAUCAGCUCCUGGAGAGAAGACCUGUCAGCAGACAUGGGACAAGAUGAACAUCGCCACCACCCAAAGCAACCUGUCCACAAACAGCAAGUUCAGCAUUCCAGACCUAAAGGUGGGAACACUGGAUGUGCUUGUGGGCCUGUCAGAUGAACUUGCCAAACUGGACUCCUUUGUUGAAAGUGUGGUAAAGAAGUUGGCCCAGUAUAUGACUGAUGUUUUGGAGGACAGCCGAGAUAAAGUCCAGGAGAAUCUUUUGGCCAAUGGAGUUGAUUUAAUCACCUAUGUAACAAGAUUUCAGUGGGACAUGGCUAAGUAUCCCAUCAAACAGUCUCUGAAGAAUAUCUUAGAAAUCGUCUCAAAGCAAUUGACUCAGAUAGACAAUGAUUUGAAAGCCAGAGCUUCAGCAUACAACAGCAUAAAGGGCAAUCUGCAGAACCUGGAGAGAAAGAAUGCGGGGAGUCUUUUGACGAGGAGCUUGGCUGACAUUGUGAAGAAAGAGGACUUUGUGCUGGAUUCUGAAUACCUUAUCACUAUGAUUGUUGUUGUUCCGAAAACAAGCUAUGCUGAGUGGCAGAAGACAUACGAGACCCUUUCCGAAAUGGUAGUUCCAAGAUCUUCAAAUCUGCUGUUUGAAGACCAGGACAGCGGACUGUUCAGCGUCACACUCUUUAGGAAGGCCAUAGAUGACUUCAAACACCAGGCCAGAGAAAACAAGUUUGCGGUGCGUGACUUCCAGUAUAAUGAAGAAGAGAUGAAGGCAGACAAAGAGGAGAUGACACGACUCUCUACAGACAAAAAGAAGCAGUUUGGGCCUUUAGUACGAUGGCUGAAAGUGAACUUCAGUGAAGCUUUCAUUGCUUGGAUCCACAUCAAAGCUCUGAGAGUUUUUACAGAGUCAGUCUUAAGGUAUGGAUUGCCAGUCAACUUCCAGGCUAUGCUUUUGCAGCCCAAUAAGAAGAACAUGAAGAAACUGCGGGAGGUCCUGCAGGAGCUCUACAAGCAUCUGGACAGCAGUGCUGCUAUUAUUGAUGCCUCCAUGGACAUCCCUGGAUUGAACUUGAGCCAGCAGGAAUAUUACCCCUACGUUUACUACAAGAUUGACCUCAACCUUCUUGAUUUUAAAUAAAGCUGCACCAGCACAUUUCCUUCCAUGGAACGCAGGGACGUUCUGCUGUAGGGAAAUGCUUCAGGAUUUUGAGUGAAAUAUGAUUCUAUUUAGUAUUUUUCUUCAAAACAGCCUCCAUAAGAGGCUUACAGGGAAGAGAACACUGAAGGCACAUGACUCAAUGUUCCUUAGCAUGUCAUUCACUACACACCUACCCCUAAUGUGCGCUAUUUUGUGACCAAAUAACAAACAAAAAAGAAGAAUUCUUACCUGCUGAACAAAAUGGUCAUUUAUUGACAGCAUGUUAUGUACCUUUCAGAUUAAAGAACAAUGUACUUUUGGAGCUUAGAGCUUUUAAGUACCUUUACCUUCCAUUGAAAGCUUCCUAAUGUAAAAUAAAUCACUUAAUUGCCCAUCAGUCCCUGAAAUAAAAUAUUUAGGCUGAUUGAUAGAAUACAAUUACUCAAAUUAAAUCAAAUUAACCUUGAAAAAAAGAGAAAAAAUCCUUUAUUAGCUCUAGGUGUCCACACUUUUCAGUCAUCAUGCUCCUGGUCGUGUAGAUUGUAUCACACAGGCAAACAGCCAUAUUUGAAUCGCAGGUAUUGAAACCCUGUCAGUGCUCAGUCGAUGUUGUGGACAUUAAUAUGUGUUUCUCCAUUGAGGUGUUGUUAUGUUGAGGCUUUAAGUUGUUUUUGUUCACUUGUGAUUCCUGUGUUUGUUGUGUAUUUCUGAAAUUAGUGAUUUCCUUCAAUCCUCUUGUCAGGAAACAGUAUCUUAAUGUUUUGUGUGUCAGUUGUGAGAUCAAGAUUUAUUUAUAUUUAAAGAAAAUUGUGAUCACCUGUGUCAGAAAUGAACCACUAAAAGACCAAUAAAUGUGUACAAAGCAAA